AUGAACCAUCUCAGUAACAGCAUCUUCCUCGGUUUGGUCAACUGUCCAAGCUUAGCAAGACCAUCUAUCCGCUCUCGAGGGAGACAGAUUCGAUACCUUGGGACAUCCGAUACCAGCGAUCGGACUCAGAAACUCAUCCACCAGAAAUAUGCCGAGAAGAUUAACGAAAAAUUGAAAGAGAAGGGGUUACGUGAUUUGGAGGAACUGAAGAAGAUCAACCAGGAUAAAAUCCAAGCUGAACGAAUCCAACAACGCAAACUUUACGAUGAAUUGAUCAAGAAGGCUCGUCAGAAGCUCAAUCCAGACACAGAUCGAACGACAGAAACUCGGACAUCUCCGAUCGCCAAGUCGAAGCAAUACUCGUCGCCUAUCAAGCCACUAGACAGCAUCAUCGAUCUGAACAAGAUAGCCACCCAGUCGCCGAGCGAGAUCAGGAAGCUCUGGACGGCCUACCAUCUCUCGAAAUCCGACCCUCCCAAACUGGGCGCCGUGAUCCCCUGUGCAACGUACCAAGAGAUGCUCCAGGCUGCAAGGAAAUAUCCCAGCUUCGUGGUCCCUUUGGCCAAGUCUUCUGCAGUGGACUCUUCUGAGCAAGCAAAGCCGGCCGACGUUCCUUACGAAAUGCAAUAUCUGCAAUGGGAUUUCGUCAAGCAGCCUGCACCAGAACCUCGGCUCCCGGACUUCCUAAGUAAAACCCCGCACUGGACCCAGACAACGCCCUCGACAAUCCCGGCAACGAUCGUAAUGUACACCCCGCUGGGCGAAUAUAAGCUGAGACAGACGUUUGCCCAGCCGACGUUGAUCUUGACCCAUUACACCGACCUGGCUGAGAGUCAUGGAAUCGUGUUGAUGAGAGGCGAUAUCACGCCCCACUCUAAUGGAAGCCCAAAAAUCACUGCCAUCGAGGCACAAAUGCUCGUCUUAAGGUUACAACAAUUCUAUCAUGCAACUCCAUCUGCUAAUCAAGACCAAUCUGUUCACCUGAAACGAAGACUCUUACUUGAAUCAUUUCAUGAACAACCUGAUCGAUUUCAAUUGUCUGAGUUACUACAACUAGUCAACGACUUAUAAAUAAAUAAAUAGUGGUCAUUAGCCUACUCACCAAAAGACAGGGAGUAAUGUUGCCCCGAAAAGGAUGUCUUGGUACUACUUUGAGCUUAAGGAAAUGAAUGAGGCUGAUUUUCAAGUG